AUGAUCCACAAGCUCAUUGAGCAGAUGGUCAAGGCCUUCGGCCGCGACGUCAUCGAACAGUGGUUGCCGCUCGACCGGCUGAACAUCACGUCCAUCACCGACCCCGAAAUCAGGCUGACGAACGUGCCGAUACCUGAGAAGUGCUUCGAGCACCCGUCGAUGCCGUUCACAGUGGUGAAGUCUAACAUCAGGAGCGUGAUCAUCCGGUGCCCGUGGAACGUCAUGCUCCAGAAGGACUGCAACGCCGCGCUGAGCAUAGAGGUCCGCGACGUGGAGGCUGUGGUGCGGUUCAAGCGCAUCGACGAGUGGGGUGUGGAUAUAGUGCAGAACGCGCUGACUUCCACCCGCGAGAGGCUGCUGCGAAAGUGGAAUGCCGUGGCGUCGUCGCUGAGGCUGCUGUCCGUCAAAAAGGGCAAGCGGGGCUCCAGGGCCGCCGCCAUCCUGAAUUCGCUGGACAUCGCCGUCCACAACGUGCGCGUGGUGCUGCUGGACAACUUGUUGUACAAGGAAGCGUUUGCCAUCACCAUAGAAGCGGAGUUCAUCCGCGGUGUCGGCAUGCAGCAGGACGACCCCAGCCUCUCUGAGGACGAGCGGAAGGCGGUUGCCGACUCCCUGCUGAACGCCCUGUGGUUCAACAGCCCCAAGGUUCACGUGUGGCUUACGGUGUACAAUCAGGGCCAGGACGCAACGUUCAUUCAACAGGACUUGGAUGUGCAGGAUGACAUCUUCGACCCCCAGGACUGGGGCGGGCGCUGCUCUCAACAGCAGUCUUCUGAGCCGGCCAAACCCGUUGCUACUAACAGCAGACGCACGUGCCAUCCGGAAGAUGAGACCCCCGGCAGUGCGUCGUCGCACUCCAGUGACGAACUGUUCGGUGCGGCGCACCCGGAGACAUCCCCGUCAACGCCUGUCGAGGACGGCCAAACACGCCUGUGGAACUUCUGCAAUGCUCCCUGCGGCGACUUUAGCGCCGAUUAUGAGGGCGAAUACGUCGAGCAAAGGAUAAAACCCGAGGACGAGCCGCUGUUGCGUGUCAUCAACGGGCCGUACCAGAACUUCAACGUGACGCCGCCGGAGGGUGUGAACUUCGACCUGGUGUUCAAAAUGUGGAACAUCAUGUCGUUGUCCGCCAACCCCGAUGCCAGACGGCAAAGCCGACGCAACGUGCAAAUUUGCGUCAGCGCCCCCGGUGGCGAGCCCAGGGUGCAUGCCCCCUGCUUCGACGGCGAAACGCCGUUCGAACCGCUGGACCUCACGCUCACCUGCACGGCGGCAGAUAUCAUAUACAACGUUGUGAGGUACAUGCAGCUCAACUCGGCGUAUCGGGAGAUGGCCAGCGGCGGGAUCAACGCGGUGCCGAGCGUCGCCGACUGCCAGAGGUUCAUCGAGGUGACCCGCACCUCGCAGUGGAAACACCGCGAGGAGGACGCGGAGUUCGUGAAGCGUUUUGAGCGAGACGUCCCCUUCCACAUCCUGCUCAAGGUGAAGGAGAUGGCCAAAUGUAACCAGGCCAUGAAUGUCCAGCAGGACUCGUGCUUCGUGAGCGUGCCCUGCUGCACGGCUCAACAGGAGGACGAGGCCGAAGAGUUUAGCGAAGAGGGUGGCAUGCCGUCGCACGACUGGUAUGAACAUGAGAGCUUGCUGCGCAUGGUGUUCCCCAACGUCAACGUGUACCUCGCCGCAAUCGACGUGAGCCAAACUGCGGAAUGCGUGCCGUCGACGAUAGUGCAGCUGAGCACGUUCGUGUUCCAAACUGCGGCGCUGUAUAAACGCGCGACGUACAAGAUCCUGGCCUGCAAACCCAUCGUGAGGUGCGGGGUGAUGCUGGUGAACGUCCGGAGGCGCACCUUCAGUGCCAAGGUCACGAUGCGCCCCCAGAAGGACUCCGAAAGCCUGCUGUGCUACCCGGAGGAGAUGCUGGUGGAGCCGCAUACCUUCUUCGAGCAUUACGGUUCGGACGACGUCGAAUCGUGUUUCGUCCGCGCUGAGGAAGGCACGCGGGACACGUUGUGCGUCACCAUCGAGCGGUACCCGAACCACAUCAAGCAUGCGCGCGUUGUUGCGCCGAAACUGGUGCUGAUUUUCAACACGCUGCUCAGGCUAAACGCGCUCAUCACCGAGCGUUUCUGGCAAAUGCAGUUCCUCACUUUCGAGGCGUUCGUCAGGCGUAACUCGAAACUAGGGCACGAGAACACCGAACUUGUCGAGAAGAUGGCGAACCAUUUGGAGAUUUCCACGUCACGCACGAUUUGCAAGGUUGAGAUGGAGGGGUUUAUCGUGCGCACGCUGGUCCAGAAAGAGGCGCAGCUCAAGUACGCCGCCGGGGCGGACGUGGAGGGCACGGACCAGCCGGACGCCACGCAGCGGCAGAUGGACGUCCUGGACCUGUUCCUGCAGAACGACAACAUGCUGGACAAGUGGGACUACUGCGACGACAUCGAUAACCCGUUUUCCAUGAGGCACGCCGCUUCCAGUCUGAACGAGCACGGGUCCAUGUCGCAGUUGGACGGGUCGCAGAAAAUCAUCUAUUCUAAGGAUAAGUUCCUGGCCGAACUGGAAACGACGGAACCCAUCUACAGCAGCAGGCAGCUGUAUAUGCUGGCGCCCGAGUCGAACGCGAUGUUUCCACUCAGCUCCAGCCUGGUUUUCCACCUCGCUGAAUUGCGGCGGUGGUACCAUAACACCUGUUGCGUCAAGAUGCCGCCUGAGCUGGUUGAACGGUUCGGGACGCUGCGCUCGCUCUCGCUGGAUGCGAGAAAGCUGGUGUUCAGCAAGGAGUCCGUGAGCACUCUCACCUGCUGCACCCUAGACACCGCCAUUCUAAAUCACGUGGACCAUGACGGAGCGACUACUCGGCUAUUCACUCUGGAUUCGCUGCUGGUUGUCAAAAAGGAGAACGCGAUCUGCGCGGAUGUCGGAAACGUGGUUGCCACGCUGGACCCAAUCCUGCCGAUCCUCAGCAUGCUGGUCAGCCACAUCCAGCUUUUCAAGUUCUACUCAGAUGCCAUCCAGUCGCUCGUUGGGGUGCUCAAGGUCAUCGUCGAGGCCAAGCAGAAAUACGUGGUCAGGCCCAUGAAGCUCACCGGGAACAGCGACAUUUGCAGGAUCAUCAGCAACGACUUCUACAAAGGGUCGCCCAAUGUCCUGGAGGGCUGCAACGCCGAUCUUGUGAACGCAAUCGAGAAGAAGUUGUCGGACGUGGUAGGCGACGCCAAAAUCGUGUUCCUCUCCUUCAACUCGCUGAAACUAAACCUGGUCGGCGAAAGCAGGCUGUACACCUUCUCCAUCUACAAGGUGCGGCUGGAGGUCAAGGGCCGCGAACGGUUCAAAUUCUACGUCGGCAACGUCUCCGUUUACCGGGACAUGGGCGGCUCAAGGCAGGUCAUCCUCUCCUCCAAGCCGCUGGAACUGGGCCAGGAGGUUCCGGACGCCGCAAAGGAGGUGCACUACGGCCAGGUGGUGGUCGACUUCAAGCAGAGUGACGUCAGCAAUGUCAGCAUGGAGGUCAGAGACGUCCACCACAUAGUCGACAUCCCGCUGGUGAGGCGGUUAGUGCAGAUCGCCGAGUCGUUGAAAAAAGCCGCCCAGCGGUCGGAGCAGAAGGAACACAAAAACAUCGUCGCCAGCAUCAUGGUGCAUCACUCGUCGGUCAACCAUGCGGGCGUGGGCGCCAUGAUCGACGUCUAUCUCGUCGCCAACGUCAGCCAGUUGGAGACGAUGAAGCACCUGGUAAUCGAAAUCCCGCGUUUCCACGUCACUCUGACGAAUGGCUACGUGAAGCGGAUAUUAGCCGUGUCCCUGCUAGACGUGUCAUUCGAUAUGGAGCUGUACAGGCGCAUGCAGAAAACCAAAUCCGCGAAGCGUGACGCUACCCUCGCCGCCAAGGACGACGCAACGAUGAUAAAUCUGGUGGCAGAGGUGUCGCACUGCGCGGUUUGGGGGUUCCAGGAAGUGCCGGCAGGCGUCGAGCUCGUUACCAAGUUCGACGACAUCAACGACGCCACCGAGAACCUGCAGAGUCUGCUGCAGGAAGACUGGUUCAACCACAUGACAACCGCCACGCUGCCGUCGUACUACGAUGAUGAACGUGUUGUGCUGGUGCCGCUGCUGUGCACGCAGUACGCCGAGUGCGCGAGGCUGAUGCCGAUGCUAAACCAUAACUGGCUAACCGACUGGCUGCUCAGGGCGUCCCAUAAGGUGGAGCCGCAGCUCUGUGACAAGGCGGUGGCGACGGUGCUGAAUGCGUUUCCCGCUGACUGCAUACGCACCAGGAAAUUCAGGGCCCUGAAGGCCUCAGUGUCGACCCUUAUUUGCCACGGGUCCACUGUUUCCAUCGGCAAGGUGAAGCUGAGGAACCUCGCAGCGCUGCUGCACAAGGAGUCGAUCGAGAACCUGUCGUGUCUGCAUUCGAAAUUAAAGUUGCUGAAGGGGGAGGCGCACAGUUCUGACGGGCAGUCGGACACCGCCAAGGUCAUCAAGCUUAGCCUCAUCGUCGACGAGAUAAACGUGGCGUGCCCCUACAACACCGGCAUCAACGCCAAGAGCGCCUUUCCGUCCGAGCUGCUGCCGAAGAUCCCCAAUGAGGCCAAGCUACACCGGAAGAGGCCCCGGUGCCGCAAUGCCGCCCUCUACAUCCUUCGGGUCCACAGCUCACCCAUGGUCUACAUGGAGCUGACCGCCGACACCGCCGUUGUGGUGCAGAACAACGUGACCGUACCGCUGGUGCGGACGCUGUACAGUGACGUCAGGCGCCUGGAGCAGUUCACGCGCCAGUCCCUCAUGAACUUCGUGGACGUCAUGGAGGACGCGAAGUACCAGGCCUUGCUGCACCUGUACGACGCGACCUACAACGAGGGCAGGGCGCAUAUAAUAUCGAUCUCGUGCGAAAGCGUGAAGGCGUCCCUCCACGCGCUCACGAGGACCGUGUGCUACUGGAAGGACAUAGCCCAUUACGUGGCUGCAGGCAGUGGACCGCGGAACUACGAUUUCCAGCCAAAGUUCAUGGUCAUCCUCAACGCCGACAUGCGCAAUCUGAACGUGGACAUAUGCACGGCUUCUAAAUCAGUAUACGCGGCCAAGUUAACUCUCCAGCAUGCGGUCGUCACCGACGCGUGGGGAAAACACCUUGUAGACAACAUCUACAGCAGUCGGUGCGCGUUGGGUAACGCCGGUAUUCUGGAUGAAGUGACGUUUUGCUACCAGGCGGAUCAGGUGAGCGCCAGCCUCUCGAUGGUCGACGACGCCAUGGAGGUCAAGGUGGCCCUGGAUCACACGCGCUCUGAACUUCAGAUCGACGGCAUAAUCGUGAUCCUUGGCGUGCUGCACGACAUGGGGUUCUCCAAGCUCAAAAACAAGGACAAGUCAGCAGAGAACCCGGGUACCAAGCGGCCUGUGAGGAUGGAGGUGAACCUCAACCUCCACGAGAUCUGGCUGUACCCCAGCAUCCCCAAGGGAGGCUCCAUUUUCGGUGACACCGAUGCAUCGAGGACCGUUUCGGCUACCUCUGACGACAACGCUUUAGGCACGUACGAAAAUAGCAAGAUAACGGUGCCCAGCGUGAUAAGGUCUGCCUCAGAGGUGCCGUACGGCUUGCACCUCAGGGCGUUGCAAUCCAGCGGCGACGUUGACCGGCCUCUGAUGUACACUGGGCACGUCAUCGGCUUCCUCAUAAGCAUUUCCGUCUCCUCGCCGACGAGGGGUAAUGCGAAGCUCAAGCUGAAGUAUAUGGGGGUUGCGCUGGCCAGGGUGAGCAUAAUUCAGGGCGUCAAGGUUUUGGUGGACGAGCAGAAUGAUGCGAUCUUCACCUCGCUCAACAGCGACGAGGGGUUGAUGUUCGAGAUGCGAGAGAGCUCCGUGAAGUCCAAGCUCACUGAAAUCGGGCACGUGGUAGUCGCCGUGCAGGCCUCGAAGCCCAAGAUAUCCAUCAACAUCGACCAGAUGUUCCAACUUUGCCUGCUCAAGUCUGCCAUCAUUGACAGCGCAGUGGACACGUUCAAGGCGUACUGCCAGCUGCAUGACGGCGUCGCCGUGACCCACGAACAGGAGGAAAACGAGAACGCCGAGUCGUACGACCUCAUCGAGGAAAUACGGUACAUCACCGCCAAGUACAACCUGCCGAUAACUAACCUCACCGAUGGCGAAGGCAGUUUGUACAACGUGAGGCUCGAGGAGGAUGUGCGCAAGCGUCUGCUGUCGCAGGCGAGGAAGAAGCAGAGGCUGAUGAGCAACCUGGUCAAGGUCAUCAACAAGCUGCGGUGGUACGACGGCAACAAGCAGCUGACGCUCUCCUCCGUGAUCAACGACUGCAAGUGCACCUUGUUUUCGGUCCAAAACGAGCUGGUGCUGAAGUUCAACCUGCAGCACGUGGCGUUCGAUCUGACCCACACGGCGCCCAUGUGCAAAAGGCAAACCAUCGUGGACGCGUCAAUGGUGUUCAACGUCGCCACGUACAACGCCAGCCUGAACAAUCACGAGACUGUGCUGCAGACCACCGUCGCCACGCUGCAGGUGGCGUACGAGGACACGGUGUUCGAUACACCUGCGCUGGACAUCAGCAUGCAAAUCAGCGGCGUGGCCGUUGAGGUCAACCCCUGCCUGCUGCAGCUCAUCACCCAGCUGAAGCACGUGUUCACGAUUCUGCACUCCGACCGGCACAAAAACAGGGGCGCCCGCAGCAAAAGCAUCAAACUGUACAACGAGAUUGGGGUGGGGAUAAUCCUGAUCGGGCCUCGGCUGAGCAGAGAGGGCGAGCUUGACAAAAUGCACUUGCCCGCACAGACCUAUACCAACGUUUUCGACAAGGCGGUGUACAUCUUCAUCGAAGACACGCCCACCGGGGACAACAGCAUCCACCUGAAGCAUUCCAUCACCGGCCGGCUCGCGGUGCUGAACGGCGAUGUGUCAAAGGGACGUGGGCCCAAAUGGGCCAUCAGGGAGCGGAAACAACUGCUGUUCGGCAACAGCGUAAACGUGAAGAGCCUGCUCAGCGUCAUAAGAGGCGGCAAGAUCACCGACGGCGACGAAAUCACCGCUCUCGCCCUCUCCAGCACCACCGAGUCACUCAGGUUCGUUGGCAAGUACAAUGUGGAGCAGACCGGUUCCCGACUCUUCCGGGUCCCCGACAGCGAAAUGAUGCUGCUGAUGGAGCAGUACCAUGACGAAGGGGAUGAGCCGCAUGUGAUUUUGGCGUCGUCCGUACGCAUCCAGAACUCCACCGCCAUGCCGGUGGUGAUGCGCAUCGACGACAAGGUCGGGUACUUCACGAGGGUGGCGCAGAAGCUGACGCAGCACAAGCCUAAGGGGGAGUUCGAGGAAAUGUUCCUGGAACCGUACACCAGCUCAUGCGUGCCGCUGAGUUGGUUCGGCAGUGCGCUGACGCCGUCCAUUGCGCUGGUGCUGUCAAAUGGCGACGCGACCGAGGCCGUGCCCUUCCAGCAGCUCUACGACAUCCUCAACCGCAACCCGUUUUCGGACAGGGAGUUCGAGAGCUGCAACGACGUCGUGCUCAAAUUCAAGGAGUCCCUGGCCAUGAAGUGCAGCAUAGUCGCCAAGGAUGUCGCUAGCAACGACGACUGCGGGUCGUGCUUCUACCACUUCACGGUCACCAUAGAGCCGAUGGUGAAAAUAGUCAACAUGCUGCCGUGCGACAUACAGGUGCUCAUCCAGCUUUACAAAACGCAGUUGGUCGAAGAUGACGUCGAAAAUGACGAAACCAUGCUCCAUGCACUCAACAGUUACAAGGUGCAGGCGCUGCUUAAACCGGGGGAGAGCUUCGGGAUACCGUUUUCGGAGCAGAAAUUCUUCAUGCGCGUGAAUGUGAAGGGCACGCAGCUGGAGGGCUGCGGCGACGAUUGCAAGGCCGCCGUGAACGACAUUGAAUACCUUUCACAGUUGUUCCCGGUGUUUUUGCCCGCUUCCGGCGCCACCAGCGUUGUCAAAACGCUAAAGCUGCAUAAGGGAUCCGUUGAAGGCCUGUUGCAGAGUGUCUACCAGGCACACGCGGAGGCGCUCAUGGACUUCUCAGAUCACUUCAGGUCAAUGGCCGUAACGGUCGACCUUUCCCGGCAUGAGAUACGGAUAUGGUGGCCGUUCAUAUUCGAAAACAUGUCGCAAAACUCGCUCCUGAUCAACGGCCGCCUGUUAAUGCCCAGAUCGAGGAUCUACGGCAACCUGAAUGACGCCUCGACUUGCCGGAUCCAGGCCAUCAUGUACACGUACAAAUCCGGCGACUGGACGAAGCAGGCCUCCUGCGCGCUGAGCCAAAGCGUGAAGCUCGACGUCACGUCCACCACCGACUUCAGGCCGCCCAUCAACCUUGUGGUGCCGCUCAAGAACCGCACGUUGUCGCGCAUGGCCUUUUCCGAAGCGACGUCGAACGUGGAAGGGAUUUUGGGGAAUGUCGUCAACGCCAGCAAUAUCUAUCACGCGAAGCGGUACGCGCUGCAAAAGACGUUCUCAGACGGUCGGCAAUCCACGCUUAACGAGUUUCCCCAACAACAUACCGCAACUAUGGAAGACACCGAGACCACAGCGUGCGGCAACGCCAUCGUGUGUCUGGGUUCAACCGUGCGGUACGCGGAAUAUCCGUACAACAUGUGCAAGAUCGUGAGCGUAUCGAACAUGUACACUUUCGUCAACAGGCUGCCAUUCACGAUCUGCGUGAGGGGCGCCCCGCCAAACGACCAGUACCUGGACCCGCCAUCGGACGGCGAAUGCAACGACUUGCUGAUCUUGCCAGGGGAGUCAGGCGCCCUAAACGUAUCGUUGCAAUGCGCCUACAUCAUCAAGGUGGAGAACGACUUGUGCAGCGGCCUCUUCACGCUGCAGUAUCCACGGCUGCCGCACAUGUUCCAGCUGGAGCUCAACUCGAACAACAUCACCUAUUCGACUGUGGCCACGAGGGGGCUCCUGGUCCAAGUGAACGUGGUAUCAGGGGUGUUUGAGGGCUCCAAGAUGCCGUACAGCUACAACGGGUACUACUUCGUGCUCUCGCUGCCUGACAAGCCGCAGUACCAGAUCCUCAACCUGACCAACCACACAUUGGCGUACAGCGUGCCCGAGAACAUGCGAUCCGUCGAAUCGCAGCAAGUGGAGAGCUACCAGUCGUACGAGCAGUCCUGGGAGAGGACGCCGAUGAACAAAAUCGGCAUCCUGCCGCCUACUUGCAUCACGCACUACGUUCCCGCCGCCAUUUCCAAAUCUCAGGAGGUGCUGCAAGUCUGUCUGAAGGUGCUGCACGUCGAUACGUGUGACUGGAGUGUGCAGCGAGUCGAUUUCGUAAGGGAGGGGUGCCACGCCAUCAAAUUCGUUGAGCAGCGCAAGACGCUCUUCCUGUACGCCACCAUCAUGAUUCGUUCUAACGGCACCCGCAUCAUCGCGAUCGUCAACUCCAAAUCAGCGGCUAUGGAUCUGAACCGCAUGGGAGGUUCGUCGUUGUCAGUCGGGCCUAAACUGCAGUGGUCCAGCAUCAACUUCAACUUCCUGACCCCAAGGAUAACGGUGACGCUGUCGACCAAACGCAAGGUCAUUCUCGCCCUGCACCUCACCAACACCUCCGCCACACUCUCUAUCGCACCGUCGAAAUACGACACCAUCGAGCGGGAGGUCAGGGGGUCGAUGGAGCUGGAAUCCUCCAGGUGUAGCAUGGUCGACUUGGAGGCCACGAUACAAAGCAUCCACAUCGACCACUUCGUUCAGGGGUACAUUCCGGUCAUUCUCAAAAGCUCUGCCAAGAGAUCGUCCAUGCAGGAGUCGUUCCUCAAUAUUCGGAUGUCGUUGUCAAAUUUCAUGACGCGGGGGCUGCCCAUAUACGAGACCAUCCAGGUCAAGCUGUCGCCACUCUCCAUCAACAUAGAGAUGGCUGUGAUAGAGCAGCUGGUGGAUUCCAUAGAGAAUAUGCUGAGGCUGCCGCUGAGAAAUGUCGCAUCCGAGUCGACUGAUGUGGCUCGUAACAACUGCCUGGUGAUGCCGGAACCGAAGUGGGUGGAGAUGGAGCCUGCGUCGCCUGUCUACAUUCGUAGGCUCGCGGUAGAGCCUAUAACGCUAAGCUUGGCCAUUCGCACGUCCUCUACCCAGCUAACUCACCGAACCAUGAGGGUCCUGGACGCCCUGCCGCUUGACACGCCCUGCGUCUGUGUACACUUCACUGGGGAGACGAGGUCAUACCUCAUCGUUAGUUGGGGCGAGCUUAUGCAUUCCCUGCGGCACUCGUACUUGCGGCAGCUGAUCAGGCAGUCCCUGCCCACAGCGUGGCUCUCCAACACGUUUGCCGUGCUGUAUGGAUUCGUCAAGGGCGUCAUACUGCUGGUAACCCGACCUGUGCAAACAGCGCUCAAAUUCAAGAACGCCCUGGAAGGGUUUGCCAUUGGCGUGGGAAAUGGAAUCAUGUUGUUCAUGCUGUACAUUACUGGCGGCACCACUCAGAGCCUCGGUAACUUCCUCAACAUUUUCCACAAGAUCAUUGGCGGGCAGCGGGCCAAGCCUCAGGGCAUACUCGACGCCUUGUGGUUGGGGAUGAACCUGAUCAUCCUGCACGUCUUGUACAGGCCGUGGAAAAAGUUAAUCGUGGACCUGUCGAAUUCCGAUUCGGCUGACAACACCUGCAUGAAGAAAUCUAUGGGGUUCGCACUUAACCUUGCCCACUGUGCCAUCUCCCCCCUCAUCGGUGUCGUGAAUAUGCUCAUUACCGUUGUCGAGGGAUUCUCGAACCUUCUCCUGGGUGACGUUGAGCAGUUCACCCAUGUGUACGAAAGCGAUCAGUUAGGCAGGGUCCCGACCCAAAACCCCAACCCGGUGCGACCGAACAUCGAACGCGUCGAGACUACAAACACACAGGCGUCUUUCAUAAGGCGCAUGAGAACGUCUGUCACCUUGAAAAGAAAGUGA